AGCCCUGGAUCUGAUUCCAAAGCUUUCAGAUCUCUAUCCAAGUUCACACUCAAACAAUCACAUUCCUCUUUGUUUCCGUACGAUUCACAAAUCUUGGAUAAAAAUUGAUUGGAACCCAGAUUGAAUUUUCAGCUGCGGAUUUGGAGUUUGGAGAAAAAGCUUCGAUUUUUUCUCUCUGCCACUGAGGUAGAAUCAAAGAAAUGGCGGCGGUGGAAGUUCACAAGUUCGCUAGAUGCAUUACUUGCCAUGCUUGGAGCCGUGAUCGCUCCAUGCUGGCAUUUUGUCCGAACAACAAUGAAGUUCACAUCUAUGCACUGUUGCAAGGCAAGUGGGAGAAGCUGCAUGUUCUUCAGAAGCAUGACCAAAUUGUAUCUGGGAUAGACUGGAGCGCUAGGUCAAACAAAAUAGUUACUGCAUCUCAUGAUCGGAAUUCCUAUGUCUGGAAUCUAGAAGGGUCGGAGUGGGUACCAACCCUUGUUAUCCUUCGGCUAAAUCGUGCUGCACUUUGUGUUAAGUGGAGUCCAAGAGAAAAUAAAUUUGCUGUUGGAAGUGGGGCAAAAACUGUUUGUAUAUGCUACUAUGAGCAAGAAAAUAACUGGUGGGUCAGCAAACUUAUCAGAAAAAGGCAUGACUCUUCUGUGACAAGUGUUGCUUGGCAUCCCAAUAAUGUUCUUCUUGCAACAGCAUCUACAGAUGGAAAAUGCCGUAUAUUUUCCACUUUUAUUAAGGUCGUCGACGCAAAGGAAUCAAGAACAGGCCCAUUUGCUGAUUCAAAAUUUGGAGAGCAAAUUCUUCAGCUUGAUCUCUCAUUUUCCUGGUCAUUUGGCGUGAGGUGGUCACCGAGUGGCAGUACCUUAGCAUAUGUAGGCCAUAAUUCUAUGAUUUACUUCGUUGAUGAUGUUGGACCUUCUCCUUUGGCUCAGAAUGUUGCAUUCCGUGAUUUGCCUCUCCGUGAUGUGUUAUUUCUUUCUGAAAGAUUACUUAUAGGUGUGGGAUUUGAUUGCAAUCCAAUGGUUUUUGCGGCAGAUUUACAUGGAAUAUGGCAUUUUAUCAAAUUUCUUGGGGAAAGAAAGACAACAUCUUCAGGUCCAAAAUAUGGUUCACAGUUUUCUGAAGCAUUUGGAAAGCUAUACGGCCAACAAAAACAUGGAUUGAACAAUGAUACAAAUGAACAUUCAAGAUCACGAGGAGGCGUCCAUGAGAACUGCAUUAAUUGUAUUGUGCCGCUUGGAGAACCAGGGAGUUCUAAAGUAACGCGCUUUAGCACAUCAGGAUUGGAUGGAAAAGUUGUUGUGUGGGAUAUGGAGAACCAAGCAGAUUUAUCGGAGUAUUUGUAAUCUGUCACCAAUCACCAUAGGCAGAAAGAGUCUGUGUAAUUGGAAAUGUUGUUUGUAUAUUUCAUGUGACAGCAAUUGGUAAUAUUUCUGUACAAUCCUAGGACAAAAUAAACUGCAAAUCAUGGUGGUUUUAGUUUUGUAUACCUUGUGUAUCGCUUCAUGUAAUGUGUUUACCCCCGCCCCCUCGCCGCACCAAUUUUCUCGUGUACUCGGUGGUGAAUGGUGAUAAAAGAAUAGUUCUUUCCAUUUGAUGCCAUCAAGAAAAAAGUGCGUUGUUUAUGUUGAAGAUUUGAAUUGCAAUCGAAUCAAAAGAGUUAUUGAAGUUGAA